CGUUCCCAGGCAGCGUUCCGCGGAUGCACCGGAGUGAAAUAGCGGUUGCACACCGCCGUGUUACAUGACCUAACCAAAGAGUGUUUGGUAAGAAAACUUCCAGAUUCAAUGACCUGAGGAUCGUGUGCCGUAAGAUGGUCAUUCGCUCGAGAUGUCUUCAACAGCAGGACGAGUUCUCUCCGGUGUGACACGCGUCUUUCUCAGCCACAGUUCCGGUGUGAGAUUGAACAGUGUGCGGUCAGUAGCUCUGAGCUCCCCGAGGCCAGCCAAAACAACAACACCUACAGAUGAAGACGAGGAGGUGAAAAAUGAGCCCAUCAAGUUCUCUACCAGUAAAGCCAGUCACAGGACCUGGAAGGUCGACCGCGGCAUGGGCAGUCAGUAUGAGCGGCCUUGGUGGAAAGUCCUUCCCGUCAGCCUGGUUUUAACCGGCUUCCUCCUGUGGUGUGUUCUGAGGUCGGAGACGGACAUUGAUGUACAGUUGGAGAAGCAGCUGUUUGAGCACCUACCUGGUUUGCUUUCAGAUGAGGAGGAGGAAGAAGAGCAAGUCAAUAAAUCAAGUUAACAAAUGUUGAACAUGGUGUAUAUAUAUAUAUAUUUGGUCCUAUUUAAUGAAAAAUUGGUUUCUGUAAAGGCGAUGGGGCCCAAAUCAUUGUUUGGACAAUGCCUGAGGUGGUCAUAAAGCCGUCCAGUGAGUCAAUGAAUAUGACCAUAUAUGGAGUUGUCAAGUUUCUUUGAGUGUGGAUUAAAAUUAUGAUUUGAUUAAGUG